GCCCGCAACCGGGGGGUGUGCCCGCCAUCGCAAUCAAAGACGGUCUGCAACACCAUGACUUGAGAGGGACAGAUUCUUGAAGCGGUUGACCUCCUACACACCACCACAAUCUUAUCUCUUUGCUGAGACGGGAUCCGCUAUCGUCACACCUCGCUAACUUUUGGUCCAAAGUCGACGGAGUGACUCAACGACACAUCUCUCAGUCGAAGUCUAUAAAUUCUCCUCGUGCCUCCGCCUUCUCCUCCUCUGAGAACCGCACUCUUGCAAUCUUCAUUUUCCCUCGUAUCCAAGAUGGAGGCAAUCAAACAGACAUUCGCCCAAUGCAAGAAAGAGGGGAGGACGGCCCUUGUUGGCUACUUCACUGCGGGUUAUCCCACCGCUGAAGAGACUCCCGAUAUUAUGCUCGGUCUACAAGCUGGUGGCGUUGAUAUUAUCGAACUCGGCCUCCCCUUCACAGACCCCAUCGCUGACGGGCCCACGAUCCAAAAAUCAAACACAGUUGCCCUCGCUAAUGGCAUCACCGUCACCUCAACCCUCCAGUUCGUGCGCGACGCCAGGAAGAAGGGUCUUAAAGUCCCCGUUCUUUUCAUGGGCUAUUAUAACCCACUGCUGCGCUACGGCGAAGAUCGCAUGUUGAAAGACUGCAAAGAGGCUGGUGUGAACGGAUUUAUCAUGGUCGAUUUGCCCCCGGAAGAGGCUGUAAGAUUUCGCAACAAUUGCACAAAGGCCGGCUUGAGUUACGUGCCGCUGAUUGCCCCUGCGACUUCGGAGAAGAGAAUGAAGCUGCUGUGUCAAAUCGCGGACUCGUUCAUCUACGUUGUGUCGAGGAUGGGUGUCACGGGCGCCACUGGCACCUUGAACACCAAGCUUCCUGAGCUGUUGGAGCGGGUACAUCAGUACUCAGGUGGUAUCGCUGCCGCGGUUGGAUUUGGUGUGAGCACGAGAGAACACUUCCUGAGUGUUUCACAGAUUGCCGAGGGAGUGGUGAUCGGCAGUCAGAUCGUGACAGUCUUGGGCAAUGCGAAGGAAGGUGAACGGGCAAAGGCUGUUCAAGAUUAUUGCUCCCAGAUCACAGGCAGGCAAGUCGGCGAUUUCAACACGACGGAUGGUUUAACAAGGGAAGUGGGUAUCGUCGAGACUAUGAAGUCUGCAAAGGAACCCAACGCAGCGGCGAACGGUCUGAACGGCCAUCAAGUGCAAGUCGACAAAGUCAUUACCGAUGCCGACGUCCCUUCCGAACCAGGCCUUGCUGACCAGCUUGAUGCCCUCAACUCGUCCACAAAUGGCACGGCCCCCAAUCCCAAUGCCAUUCCUGCCCGCUUUGGCCAGUUUGGUGGACAGUAUGUUCCCGAAUCAUUAAUGGACUGCUUGGCCGAGCUCGAGGAGGGCUUCCAAAAAGCCAAGAACGACCCAGAAUUCUGGAAAGAGUACAAAUCAUACUACCCCUACAUGGGUCGGCCUUCAUCGCUGCAUCUGGCUGACCGGCUGACUGAACGAGUCGGCGGUGCGCAGAUCUACCUGAAACGAGAAGACCUGAAUCACACGGGAAGUCACAAGAUCAACAACGCCUUGGGGCAAAUUCUUCUGGCAAGGCGACUGGGGAAGACACGCAUCAUCGCAGAGACGGGUGCAGGCCAGCACGGUGUAGCAACUGCAACGGUCUGCGCCAAAUUUGGCAUGGAUUGUGUCGUAUACAUGGGCGCCGAGGACGUACGGCGUCAGGCUCUCAAUGUCUUCCGCAUGAAACUCCUUGGGGCCAAGGUUGUGGCGGUGGAAGCUGGCUCCCGCACGCUUCGGGACGCAGUCAACGAGGCAUUACGUGCUUGGGUCGUCGACCUCGAUACCACGCACUACAUCAUCGGCUCGGCUAUUGGCCCUCAUCCUUUCCCAACCAUAGUUCGCACUUUCCAGAGCGUGAUUGGCCAGGAGACCAAGGAACAAAUGAAGGAAUUGACCGGCAGACUUCCAGACGCGGUGAUUGCCUGCGUUGGUGGGGGAAGCAAUGCCGUGGGCAUGUUCUUCCCCUUCAGCUCCGAUCCGUCGGUGAAGUUGAUCGGCGUUGAGGCGGCUGGCGAAGGCGUCGACACGGGCAAGCACUCUGCCACACUUUCCGGAGGGUCAAUAGGUGUCCUUCACGGUGUGAGGACGUACGUGUUGCAGAACGAGCAUGGCCAGAUCAGCGAUACGCACUCCAUCUCCGCCGGUCUAGAUUACCCUGGUGUGGGACCAGAGUUGUCGAAUUGGAAAGACAGCUCGAGAGCCAGAUUCAUCAGCGCCACUGACUCCGAGGCACUGAUAGGGUUCCGGACGCUCAGCGAGACGGAAGGAAUCAUUCCUGCGUUGGAAUCAAGUCACGCAAUCUUUGGGGCUAUGCAGGUUGCAAAGGAGAUGGGCAAGGAUCAGACGCUGGUGAUCUGCUUGAGUGGACGUGGAGACAAGGACGUCCAGAGUGUGGCGGAUGAACUGCCCAAAUUGGGUCCGGGUAUUGGAUGGGAUUUGAGGUUCUAGACAGAGAGAUAUCAUCGCCGGGUUUGCUCUAGAGGUUUAAGAUCUAGGCUGAAAGGAUAUGAGUUCACGGCGCCUGGCCUUGACAAUUGGAUGUAUUUGGCUGGGUAUGGAUGACGACCGAACUUGGAUCAGAUUUCCUCACGUGACAUCUGUUUAUAUGAUGGUCGGCCUCUGCCUGGUAGUCUCAUCUCUACCCUUGGGUCAUCAAACCAGUGGUAAAUGUGACAUCAGUAGCUGGGUGACACAAAUCACGUGUAGGAACCGCGAGACUCGAUUUAAUUGGCGUGCAUGAAGACCAUGGCGCGGUCAGAUGCCGG